AUCACGAAUAACACAUAGGCACAUAGUACGUUAGAGUUUACUGAACAGUGUAUAUUUUCCAACCAUCUUUAAACAAAAGUGACAAUGUUGAAAAUACACGUUUGCCUGUGUCUGAUCCUCUGUUUCAUUCGCGAAAACAGCGUCGACGCAAAAUGUAAUGGAAGAGGAAUCCCUGCUGACGUCGCUCCUUUAAUUUCUCUGAAGGUUUUCAAAGGUGAUAGCACUAACAUGACGGUUAUCGGAAGCCCACUGACGGAUCUGGAAAACGUUCGUGACGCCAUCUCGCCCGAACAAGACAGCAUCCUCUACAUCCACGGAUACCUGGAGAACGUGGACGCGCAGAACGUUCAGAUACCAAUUGCUGCCUACCUGGAUAGAGGAGACGUGAAUGUUAUCUCCCUCGAUUGGGGGACCGUGGCAAUUAACUUCUCCUACAUUUACUCGGCUGACCACGUGCCCGCGGUAGGAAAAGCGGCCGUAGUAGCCCUUGAGAAACUUUCCGAUGUGAUCAAUUUGAAGACUUUGCACGUAAUCGGACAUUCUUUGGGAGCUCACGUUGCUGGUUUUAUUGGGAGAUCCAUGGAAUCCACUCUUAGCCGAAUAACGGGCUUAGACCCAGCGUUACCGUUGUUUUAUCCUACUGAGUGUCACCUCACAGAAGACGACGCAGACUUUGUCGUUAUCCUUCACACUGAUGCUGGAGUUUUUGGGACGCCUCUCAACACGGGGUCUGUUGAUUUUUACGCAAACAGAGGGGUCCAGCCGCAACCAGGUUGUCCCCUGAAAAUCCUUGGUUCAGUGGUAUGCAGUCAUCAACGAUCUGCCCACAUAUACGCUAGGGCUAUACGUCACCCCCAUGCGUUCUUGGCGCACAAAUGCUUUAUACCUUAUUUAGACACCGGAUAUGGGAUUGGGGAGGUCUACUUCGGAGAUGACGUCCCAACGAAAACGCGUGGCAUGUACUGUUUCAAUACAGACGCCAAUUUUUCCUUGUAAUAGAGGUACUUGGUAUUCAUCUUAUGCUUUGACUUAAAGUCGUUCAAAAAUGAAUACGUGUAACGUGAUAUAAGUUCAUAUAUACAGGAAUA